AUGGUGGCCUCAGCGGCAGGGACUCGGGCGCCACUUACCCGGCAGGUGCGGCCGGAGCCAGCGGGGACCCAGAGAGUCGGGCCUGAGCGGGGGCCUGAGCCGGAGCUGAGCGGCGCGGGCGUCCGGUGCCUCCCAGCGCCCGCCGCCUCCUCUGCCGCCGCGCGAAGCCCGCCGCGCCGCCCGCCCGCCGGCCCGAGGGAGGGGGCGCGCCGGCGGCUCCACCCUCCUCCGCCCGCCCCGCGCGCCCCUCCUUCCUCCUGCGUCUCUCGGGCCACCUGGCAGUGGGGCGGCAGCGCGGACGUGGGUCGGCUGCCGCGGAGACAGGCGCCCGGGGGUCGUGCGCGGGCUGCGGUCGGGGACUCCAGGGUCCAGCCGCGUUCCGGGACGAGUGAGGGCUCCGGGUACUCCAGCGAGGGGUCUCCUCCGAUCCAGCUUCCCCACUCCCAGCAGGCUGGAAAGGGGCUGGAGCUAGAGAUGAGGAGCCGAGGACUCCUCCCAAGGGCUGCGGGCGGUGUCAGUAGCGCCUGUAUCUGCCAGCACAGUCCCUGGCGCAGAGCGCACCUUCACUACCGGCUUCUUUGUCCUCCUUGGAACCCCUGGAUCAGCUCUCCACCAGGGCUUCUAGUUGGCCUCGCCCCCUUCAUCUAUCCCCUGGUGAAGGGAGCUCAGUGGGGACUCCUGCAAGAAGAGGGCUUGCAGCCCCCUUCCCCAUCCUCCCCAGCCUUGGCUGGACCUGGCACCACCGCUCAGGAAGUCCCUGGCCCAGCAGGGGACCCCACAAAACAUCAGCCCCUCUCCAGGCCUGCCGGCUCCAGCCCACAGGAUUGGCCUAAACAAUGGUAAGAGCCAAGGAGGGCCAUCUGAUAAAAAUCAUGACAAGGUAGGGACUCAGCUAACCUACCCAUCACCCCAUUCCAGUCCUCUGGGGCUGUGCAUCUGCCCAGCUCCUGGGCCCUGGCCCCGAGUGACAGCCUCUGCCCCUGUCUUGCCUGUCUCCUGUGUGUUCACCUCUCCAUCUCUAAGCCCCCACUCUGGAUACCCUGCCUCCAUCUCUGGCCACCCCAGGGUCAUCCUCUGCCCAAUGUAUCCUUCUCGGGUCCUAUUAAUUCUAAGGAGGAAAAAAUGGAAUUACUUAAAAUGUGGUGUUUCCAUGACGGGGGAGGGGAGGGCAGAGAGGUGGCAAAGUGGCUCUUUGUGCUUUUAAUCUGCAUUUUUCCCUCAACGUUCCUGUCUCCGGGAGGAUAAUUUUCCAGCCUUUUCAGGCCCUGAUUGGUAUCAUUUCUCCAGCAAUGACAGCUUUUAUUUUCCCCGAAAUGAAUGCCGUGAAAUUUCCAAGAAAUAUAAAAAUGGAUAUUGUCUCAGAGAGCCGACUCUUCCGACAGAAAGGCACAGAGGCAAAUAUGCUUCCCUAGGGACACUUCCGCUCCAGCCACAGGGGUCGGGUGGGGGCAGCCUCCAGGCACUCAGUCUCUCCUCCCUCCUUUCUCCCUCCCUCUUCCUUUCCUCCUCCCUCCCAGGUCAGCUCUGGGACCCCCUUCCAGCCACCCUCUCCCAGACUCAGCUGCUAUUGAUCUGCUCAUGGGCCUCAGGACUCCCAGCCAGGUGCCCUGCAGGCUCCACCUCACCUGCUGUGUUCACUUCUCAUCCCCCAGCCCUGCCCCAGAGAGCAGCAACCAGGGCCUACAGGAGUUGACUUGGAAUUGGGCUCUCUGACCCCUCAGUCCUGGUGGCCCUGCACAGACUACCAAUAAAGAGAGGUCGGAGGCCCACUUCCUUGACUUCAACACCUUCUCUGUAAGGGAAACUGACGCUGUAGGGGAGUAGGGCACCAGCGGUCUGGCCUGUUGCUUGCUCACUCUUUGCAGGGUGGGGGGGGGCUCUCUUCCUACCCCUAAUUGCCAAGGUGACCCCAUGACUCAUGAGCAAGAGAAUGACAGGCCACAGCAGUGCCCAACUAAACCCAGCCAAGCCCUGAGUGAGGCAGCUGAGUGCCCAGCUUAGGGGAGCAGUGGGGUGCCGCCACAGCUGACUUGGAGGGCAAAGGCCUGAGGGGAUGCCAGGGGCAGAGAUGGGUUCAGAGCCUGACCCUCUGUCUCCUCCCUGACCAAGGGCAGAUCCCAGCCACCCUGUAGAGUGGGGCAUCACUCGGUUUGGGUUCCGGGCAUGGAGCCCUCCUUGGGGACCGCAUGCUGUCACCAAUAGCUUGCAUCUGUUGCCCAUUCACCAAGUGGGUAGCUAAGUGCCUCGCUCUGAGGUGGGGCUGCCACCUAACGCCAGGCCUGGCCCUAUCUGGAGCCUGUUUGUGGUGGGACCCGCUUUUCUCCUCCAGCCUGCAUGUGGGUGGGGAUGAACCCCUUGUCCUGCCUCAGUGUGCCGCCUCAGGGCAUCAGCUCUGGGACCUGCCCCGCCAGCCUCCACCCUGUCCAACCAGGCCUCACACCUCUGCAGAUGUGUGGUGUCUUCUGAGCUGAGCCCUCAAAACACACCCCAGCCAGCUUCCUGUCCUCCACCCGGCCUCUCGGGGCUCAUCCCAUCUAUUAUUCAAGGCACAAAAUGGAUUUUUAAUUUGAGAAAUGAAAUGACUCUCCCAAGUGGCCGGGUGGCAGGGAGGGGGCAGAGGAAGGCCAGAGCCUCCGCAGCCGCCACGGUGCUGACUCAGGUUUGCCUUGGAAAUCUCAGGGCCACAGUUGAACUGAGAGAUCCCCAAAGCCCCAGGACCCCAGCACUCUGCCCCAGGCCUCCACUCCUCCCCGCUGCUGUGACCAGGUGGGGUGACAGGGUGCCCAUCAGUCCUGCCUGAGCCUCCAGUGAGGCCUGCCUCUGGCCGGGCAGUGGGGUCUCUGUCCCCCACUGACUUUCAGAUUCCUGUGCCUCAAGGCAGCCCUUGGGCUCCCAGGCCUGGCCUCUCACCUCCCCACACUCCCCAGCCUUCCUGGGCUGGCUUCCUCCACCGUGUCCAGACCUCCAGCUGAGCUCCUUUGCUAGGCCCUGACCCCGAACUAGGCCCACUCCACCCUGGACUGCUGCCCUGGCCUCCACUCUGUGGAGGGGUUCUCCACUCCAGAACCCCUCCUCACCCCUCACGGUGGAGCUCACACACCUUAGCGUGGCCCAUGAGGCAGGGCCUCCUCCCAGCUCUUCUCUUUGACCCUCUCUGCUUCCCCGCCCCCACACCUCCCUCUUUCCUCUGGUCACUCAGCUCUAUUUCCAUUUCCCAGAAAGUGACUGGCUAUCUCCAGCCUCAUCCCUCAGGCCUUAGCACUCGCUGUUCUGGCUGCCUGGAGCCCCCUUCCUCCCUCCCCUCCUCCAGCCAAUCGCCACCCAUCCUUGGGGCACCUGGGAGUGACCUCACCUCUCUGAUCAGAUGCUGACUCCACAGGCCCCUACUCCACUGGAUGCGUAGGUCUCUCCUACGGCAGCCCCUGUUCUUCACCUCCGUGUAACCCACAGCCCCUUCUGGAGGCUGUGGGACAGGGGAUGCAUGUAAUCAAGUCGAGUGACAACUGUGAUCAUUCAUGGAGAUGCCCUGCAUGAAGUAUCUCUGGACUCCAGGCCAUACACCAGGCACAGCACCCAGACAAACCUGCCCAGGCGCUUGGGUCCUGAACCCGCCAGACGACAAGAGGAGCCGUUUUCCAGUCUCCCGCAUGCCUCCCCUCCACUCUGAACCCCAUGGUUCACUUUGUCCCGCCAUGCACAGACUCCUCUCUGGGUUGCCUCCCAACCUCUAGAGUAACGCUGUUUUUAUACAGGAAACAUGUAAAUAUACUCUUGCAUUAAAAUAUUUAAGCCACACAAGUACAUAGAGGAUAUGCAUGAAAGCCCUCUGUCACGCACUGGCAGCCCGUGGUGUUGCCCAGCGAGAGUACAGUGCCGCAGCCAUACCUCACUGCAGCCUGGACCUCCUAGGCUCAAGUAAUCCUCCCACCUUAGCCUCCAAAGUAGCUGGGACCACAGGUGUUGCCACCAUGCCUGGCUAAUUUUUUUUUAUUGUGUAGAGACGUGAGUCUCACUAUGUUACCCAGGCUGGUCUUGAACUCCUGGCGAUCAAGUUGAGUGAUGACUGUGAUCACUUGAAGAGGCUGUCUUCCUCAGCCUCUCAAAGUGCUGGGAUUGGGCCUCUCAAAGUGUGGGCCACUGUGCCCAGCACUUAUUGAUUUAUUUUUAAUAAAUAGGACACAAUAGGAUGGAUACUUGAGUGACUCUCCUCUCCAUGUGGCCUGUGCUAGUGUUUCCCACCCAGAGGUCCUCAAGGUCACCCUCCUUGGCUGAGGGACACUUAGGUUGUCUUGCCCACCCCUGUCUGGUCUUCAAAUCCUAAGGCCUUGGCCUGGAGUCUUGCCUCGAACUCUCCCUCUCUGCCUGCCGCCCUGUCCCACCUUACCUGCCCCUGGCCCUCCUCCACCCCCUGGAUGCUGUGCCCAGGUGUUUGGCUCUGGGCCCAGGUCCCACCCACACCUGCUGGUGCUGGAAACUUA